UGGCCUAAUCACUUCAAGACAAAAUUUCGUAUUAAUAAGACAAUAAUAACAAGAAAGAUGCCAAGAGAAAAGUCAGAUUGGGACGUAUUAUCAGUAAAGAAAGUUUUUGGUAUUGCGAAUACUUACGAAGAAGGUAUGCAAAAAUUAAUUUUAGCAGAGGAUACAUCAAAUAUUGAAACAAAUAUAUCGUCAAACGAAUUAAAAGAAAAAGAAAAGAAGAGAAGGCGUUUAAAAGCCAAAAAAUAUUUAUCUUCCUCUUCUGAAGAAGAUUUAUAUCCAUAUAAAGAAAAUACACGAGAAAAAAUUCUGCCUGCUCUUCCACAGAAACAAAAUUUUGUAUCAUUUGACAAAGAAGUACAGGAUACAUCUAGACAAUUUACAAGAAAUAUAUUAUGUGAAAACACAUUAUUUAAUGCAGUAAACAGAAAUGAUAUUAGUGCUAACGAAAUUGCUGUACACAGUACACCUUUUAUAAAAAAUUCUGCUUUACAUACAGAAAAUGAAAAUCUGUAUACUCAUGAAUUUAAGAAAGUAAUGUUAGGAAAGUUAAACAGAAUAUUAUAUAAAUUGGAUACCAUUGAAAACAAAUUUGAAAUACUUCAAGAGAAAGUACAAUAUCGGAAUCAAUCUUACAUUAUACAAAACAACAACAUACAAUUCCCGAUAUGUACCUUACCAGAAUUAACAUUGUUUGAAGAACAAUUGCAAGAUAUGAGAUUCAAGGAAGAUGUACUUAAUAUCUUUCAACUUGUUGGUGGAAAUAGUGCUCAUAGUAUGAUACGAAAUAUAUUCAAAAAGGCAAUAACGGAUAAUUUAGCUAUACAUUUCAGUUGGACUGGAAAGAGAAAUAAACAAUGUUUCAAAGAUUUAGGACUUCCAAAAGUGAUUAUACAAGCUGUUCGUAUGUUAUAUAAAGAAAUAACAGAAAACGAAUUUGCAGAAUAUGCAUCCAAGUGGCUUGCGCAUGCUCCUAUACGAAUACUAAGGCAAAAAAAUGAAGAAAAGGGUUCAGAUAAAUAAAAAUUAUACAACAUGCGUAAUGAAUAUCCUUUUUUCAUAUAUAUAUUCGUAUAUUAUUUUAUAUAGUCAACCAAAGAUAAAACACUUUGUUUUUGUUUUUAUAGUUUAUUAUAUCUAGUAAACUAUGUGUUCAUGCGUGUGGGACGCAUAUAUAUAUA